AUGGAAGAUUUCAGAUUGGCUCUUAUUGAUAGUGGCUUGAGUGACAUGGGUUGCAAAGGUGAUAAGUUUAUGUGGUUCAAUAAUAGGGAAGGCUCUCACUUUACCAAGGAAAGAUUGGACAGGGCUUGUGCUAAUGUCAAAUGGCUUGAGAUGUUUUGUAGGGCAAAUGUGACAACAGAAGUUGCCAGUAGCUCUGAUCACAGAUCCAUUCUUGUGUCAAUUGCUUUAGGUGGACAGGAGUUUGUGAGGGGUGAGAGGCCAUUCAGAUAUGAGGCUUGUUGGGCUCAAAGAAAGGAUUGCCACCAAGUAGUGGAGGAAGCUUGGAAAAGGCCUUGGUUGGUUAACAAUAAACUGGAGAUGGCGACAAAGGGUUUAAAGAGAUUUAAAGAAAAGCUUAGAAGCUAG